CCACUGGUGAUUCUGAUGUACAGAGUUGAGAGGGAUCACCAACAGCUUGGGUGGACCCAGAAGUUUUAAAAGAAUGGAUUGGAAGAAGGUCUAGCUAGAGGGCUCCUUCAGUGACCACGCAGAGCAAUGAAUGGCAUAGAGGGGAUGGAGGGGGGUGGGAGUGUCACAUCAGAGCGGGGGUUCAUGAACCUCCUCAAGCAAUUCUUAACUUUGAGGGAGUCACAGAUCACUUUGAGAGUCUCGUGAAAGCCACAGCUACGCUCCUCAGAAAAAUACACAAGGCUAACCCCCACAAAAUUUAGCACAUACUUUGAGGGGAUUCUAGAUUAGAAUUAAGUUUUUGAUUUUGUUCUUUUAACCAGCUGGAUGACAGUCCCAUUCAUUCAGGUAAGGAAAAUGAGAGAGGCCAGCUUCCUGGCCUCAGAAAGCUCACAGUCUAGUAGCCAGGAGAAAGCAGUAGCAACAAAUCAAUAUGCACAAACGUAGACAAUGAUCACAAGAGUUGUGGGGGAAGGGAGAGUUCUGGAAUGUUGAUUUGGAGAAUUUGAACCUUGUGCUUUGAGAGGCAACAGAUCAUAGGAGACAGGUGUGGUAUGAGGCCCCCCCAAAAGAAUGGAGGUCAGUCUGACUAAGGGAGGUUGAUAAAGGAGGACCUACUGUGGGAGUCCCAGGAGGCUACGUUUGGAAUAGAAGUUCACAGACAGCGUGUGAUAAAAAUGGCAUUGAUCCACGCUGCUGCUGGAGGUCACCGACCUGGUGCCACCGGUGGGUUGGGGUCUAGGGUGGGGUAAGUUGUUAACAUGCCGAUGAAUACGGUUUUAUAACAGACUCGGAGGAGACACUGGGAGGAAGAGAGCAAGCUGGUGCUGGGACGGCGGCCUCGGAGCCGCUGUUCAUCGCCAGGGUCAGAAGUUGGCCCUGUGUUUGUUCUUGAGGAUGAAAGAAAACCGCGGGAGAACGCUGAGCGGCGGAGAACCACAUUCAGCCAGUGGGCAUGGAAAUGAAUUUUAGCUGCUAUGUGCAAAACCCCUAGGUGUGUGGACCGAAGGAAGCCAGCCAGAAGGUUGCAACGGGUCAGGAAUAAAUAACCAGCAGGCGGAGGAUCCCAGAUUCCGUGCUGCCUUUUGUUGGGUGAGGAGCGCCAGGCAAAGCGUCCACAAAGGCUCUGGAAAGCAGCGGUCCACGCUCGGCUCCACCGCGGUGGUACAGGCAUGGAUGGGAAGAAAUGCAGUGUAUGGAUGUUUUUACCUCUUGUAUUUACUUUGUUUACUUCAGCUGGAUUGUGGAUAGUAUACUUUAUAGCUGUGGAAGAUGACAAAAUUUUCCCAUUAAAUUCAGCUGAAAGGAAACCUGGUGUGAAGCAUGCACCAUAUAUAAGUAUUGCAGGCGAUGAACCUCCUGCGAGCUGUGUGUUUAGUCAAGUUAUGAACAUGGCAGCAUUUCUAGCUCUUGUGGUAGCUGUUCUGCGCUUCAUCCAGCUGAAACCAAAGGUUUUAAAUCCGUGGCUGAAUAUUAGUGGAUUGGUGGCGCUGUGUCUGGCUUCCUUUGGCAUGACCUUACUUGGUAAUUUUCAGCUCACGAAUGAUGAGGAAAUCCAUAAUGUUGGAACUUCCUUGACCUUUGGAUUUGGCACAUUGACCUGCUGGAUCCAGGCUGCACUGACACUCAAAGUCAACAUCAAGAACGAAGGACGGAAAGUUGGAAUUCCACGAGUUAUUCUCUCAGCAUGUAUCACUCUCUGUGUGGUCCUCUACUUCAUCCUCAUGUCCCAAGGCAUCCACAUGUAUGCAGCCAGGGUCCAGUGGGGCCUGGUCAUGUGCUUCCUGUCUUACUUUGGCACCUUUGCUGUGGAAUUCCGGCAUUACCGUUACGAGAUUGUCUGUUCUGAGUACCAAGAGAAUUUCCUAAGCUUCUCAGAAAGCCUGUCUGAAGCUUCUGAAUAUCAAACCGACCAGGUGUAACUCGUCAGUUUUUCCUUGCUGGUGAGGCAGGUGUGACAGUGUGGGAGGGACCAGGAGGACACACUCAUAGGACUUGACACAUAACCUCAUGACACAUUUUACACACACACACAGACACACACGUUCAUGGCCACAUUUGCCAAACGAGCUUUUCAGGGUGAGUUAUUUCUUUAAUGAAAAAGCACAAGCCCUUAUGUGUCAAAAUACAUGCUGUUACACGGAAAAUAUAUGCACGACAGAGCAAGAAGCUUGUGCAUGAACACCUCUCUUCCCCUCUCUCUCCAAGUCCCCCCUGCUCUUCUCAUUCUCUCCACACAUUUCAGACAUCGUGAUCGCCCUACCAUGGAGUGGGGCAGGCUAAAUGCAACAUGGGAAUAAUGCCAACUCCCGAAGUUGCCUUCAGAUCCAAAGGGCUUGGAACCAGCUCAUGAGGAAGUUCUGAAUCUGGCACUACAACUCUUGAAUGGAAACUGUGUAGAGAAGUGAUCCUGUGUAACCUGUGGAAAGGCAUGGGAUCGAGGAUAGGACUUUCCCACAAAAACUCCCUUCAUCAUUGUUCAGUGGUUGGCUGCACGCAUUCAAUGAAAAGAUUACGCUACAAACUGUGAGCGUGAAGCCCACCACCGUGAUUUGGAUUUUACUGUGACUGAGAAAUAUUUCCAAAUGUGAAUAUUUGUAGGGACAUUGUCUGCCGGGAAUGGAACAAGAUGGCGGCAGCAAGGAUGCGGUUUCGUUUUUGCUUCCAUAGUAUGCUAUGUACAGUUUUUGUUUUAUAUUUCAGAGUUUGCCUUCUUUUUUUUCUUUAAGUAGCUACUAUGAGCCUCUCAAAAAGGCCUCCUGGACAAAGAAGAUGUGGGCCAAAUGCAAGAGCUGAGCUUGUUUUGAGUUCGACCAUGAUAAAAGGAAAGAAAAGGUCACUUGCAGGCUUAAUUUGCUGCUUUUAUGUUUGAAGCUAAGAAAAUGUUCACAGAAAAGCACAAAGAAAUAUGUGUGGAGGUAAUAAAAAGAGCUCCUGCUGGACAUUUAUAAAAGAUAGGAUUUUUAGAGCAUCUUGUUGGAAGUCCAAAUCAGAGGAGAGUUUCUUAAUAUGUAUCUAUAGCUCAAAUUUGGUAUUUGGGGGGUGGGGCGGGUUAAGGGCUUUUCCUACUUGGAAUUUGUAGAAGCCAAUUAAAAUAUUACCCUCCCUCCCAAAAAAAGUGGCGCAGCUGGUCCCCUGCUGCCCAACACGUGGUUCCCACCUGCUGAGAGUUCAGAACUCAAACUGUAGGCCUGGGCUUUUGAGGCUGUGCUUCACAAAGAAGAGCAGACUUCUGAAUUCGAAAUGUGCUAGAGUGGGCCAAGUUGACGGACUCUCCAUGAGUGCACUUUGUUUCAAGAAACCCCCAGAUUUACUUCCUAGGGGCCUGGGAUUUCAUGGAAUAUAAUGUGAAAAACACUUUUUUAAUUCAAACGCUGAGUUUCUUGAGGAGGGAGUCAAUGACUUUUCAUCUCUAUACUGAUCCCCACCCCCUAGCGCAGUGCCUGGCACAACAUUAGGUGCUCAACAGCUGUCAAUGGAAUAAAAUUACCGGUCAUUUAGGGUAGGAAAAAGGAGUGUCGGAGACUCAAAGAUGAGUCAGGGAGAAUAGAAGACGGCUGUUUCGUGGACAGGAGUGGAAGAAAUCAUGACUAGGGGUCAGAUGGCGAGUGAGAAUGCCUAUAAACGUGAGUAAAAUGCGAGGAAAAGAAUCAAGCAGAAGACAUUCUCCUAUUAAAAAGGCAUCUUACUGUAAAUAGUCCAAGGUGACAUUUAUUAUUUUUGAAUACUGCUUUUGUGUUUUUUUUCAUUUUUACAUUUUAAAAAUUUUAUCAGAGAACAAAGAUUUAUGAAGCUUCCUUUUACUCUACACAAUCCAAAUUAAACAGCUUUUGGUGAUGCGCUGUACACUUUCUUAAGAGAAUAUCUAACAGCACAUUUUAGCAGAAUCAAGCAAUGACUGGCAUUAUUCAUUGGGAUCUGACCACUAAAUAAAAUUCUUUUAUGGAGAA